CCUCCCCUCACAUCACACAACCCCUCUCUCUCGCUUCUUGUUCACUUUCUCUCUCUAAAAGCUUGAAGCACAAGCAUACAAAAUUGAUAUACAUAUAUAUUAUAUAUAUGUAUACAUAUAUGGUUUGAUGUGUAUGCAUAGGCUUUGGGUUUGAACUUUGAAGGCUUUGAGCUCUGUGAGUUGAUCAGUAAUGGCGACGGCACCAGUGAAGCCACCGCUGCACAACUUCCCUCUCGCAUUCUUGAAAUGGGGGGCGAAGAACAACUCGACCACCAACAACAACCACCGCUACCGCCGACCCGUCUCCGCCGAACCCGCCUCCGAGCCCGACUCCGAAUCCGAACGCACCCACUACAACAACAGCGGGCUCGGACCCUCCCGCGUCUCCCGCCACCGCUACUCCUUGAUCCCGUGCGCUGGCGACAAGCGUCGCAGGAGCGAGGAGAGAGAGAGCGAUCAGGAGGAGGGCGAGGAAGCUGACAAAGCCGAGGUAGUUCAGAAGCCCUGGAAUCUGAGGCCCAGGAGAGCUCCGGCGACGACGUCGUUUUCCAAGGGAGGUGCCAACAGUGAACCGCACGAACUGGAGAGUCCGAACCAGAACCAGAGCGAGCUGCAGCAGCCGAAGUCGAUGAGGUUGAGGGGUUUGGCGGCGGAGGGGCAGAAUGUGGAGAAGAAGGAGAAGAGGAAGUUCUGGAUCGCUUUGUCGAAGGAGGAGAUUGAAGAGGACAUAUUUGUGAUGACUGGGUCGAGGCCCGCCAGAAGGCCCAAGAAGCGGCCGAAGAAUGUUCAGAAACAGCUCGAUACUACUUUUCCUGGGUUGUGGUUGGUGGGUGUUACGGUGGAUGCUUACAAGGUUGCUGAUUCUCCUUCUAAGAGGUAGAUUUGUAUUUUUUUUGUGCUCAGAAGAUUGUGACUUUGAUGAAAAUUCGUAAAUGGAAAAGGCAGCUGCCCCUGCGGCUUGGAACUCUCAAUUCGGAGGUAUUAUGCCCUGAAUUUUUACAAAAGAAGAAUUGGAAUUACCCUAUAGAAGGCAAAACAAAAAAAUAUAAGAGGAAAAAAGGAGAAAAUUUAUCUAAUUUCCCUUUUUUUAGUUGUAGUUUUUUUUUUCUCGGUCAUUUUGUAUUGCUCAUUGGGGGCAGGAUGCAGGGUCGAUCUAGUUGCUUUACAUUGAUGUAGUUCCAAUAUGUAAAGAUGGAGGUUAUAUAUAUAUAUAUAUAUAUAUAUAUGUAUGUACAUGAUAUAGAGUCAAUUUCAGACCUUGUUAAUGGUAUUAGCCUGUUAGGCUUGUGGGA